CUUGUAUAUACACGAGAGAAGAAGAAAAAACAGGCAGAAUCAAUCUCUCGAUACAAUGGACGCCCAUUGAUACAAAAUCGAAACAACAGGGGAAGCCUUCUCAUAUAUUUCAUUGGUGCUUUCAUGGAGGAGGACCUGGAGAAACCAGAAGGAAACAGGAGCAGGCAUCAUAACUCCUUCCAUUUCCUCUUGGCGUAUCCCCAUAAACGCCCUGCGGUCAGUAACCCACAGAUUACAGAGACUUGGGAUUGAAUUCAAUUGGAAGUUUUCCUGUAAAGUGGUAGAUUUGCGUCGUAGUGUACAGUUACAGAGAGUUCACAGAAACUGGCGGACACUUUGCAUGUGAACCAGAAGGGUGAAGAAGAAAGCUGCAAGAAGGUAAAAGAUGAAAACAGAUGGUGCAUGGUAGCCUGGUCAGGAAGACAGAGGAAGACGACUUCUGAUCUCGAAUUGAUCGCUUGGAGAUACAAUUGCUAGCAUCAUGUUUUACAGAAAAUCCAAGUCCAAGAACAAGAGCAGAUGGCCUGACCUAUCUUCUCAUGGAAAAAAUGGCAUAGCCUGCAUUAGCAACGAUGGAGAUAAUCGAGUUUACAGCAUUCACAAGCAUCUUGACCUUUCGCUUGUUACUGGUUGUAUUAGAACGAGUGAAGACGAGCUGACUAAUUCGAGGGAGGUGAUCAAAGAACCAAUCUGCUCGCAUGAAGGCCAGAGCCAUGACUCUAAUAUCCUCGAGCAAGAACUUGAGGAUCUCAAGAGCCAGAUCACCUCUCUGCAAGAGAACAAGCAGGAAUUGGAAACUCAGAUGCUCCUUUACAAAGAGCAAGAAUCAAUGGUAGGGAACCUUCAAAGGCUGGUAGAGGAAAAGGAUGCAGAGAUUGAAAGCUUGACCAGGAAAGUUGAAUGUCUUGACAGUGAAAAUAAGCUGCUCAAAUUGCUUGUAGCUGAACAUGCAGCCCUCAAGGCUGAAAUGGAAUCAGAAAGAAUGAAAGUGAAGGCAGCACAGAGGAAGAUUGAGAAGAGUUGGAGAAAAAAGAAGGAAGCAAUGGUCAAGCUUCGUCAGCAGCUUGCUGUCCAGAAAGCAAGAGAAACGGAGAUUAUGAGGAGAGAGUCUGAGAUGAAAAAGAUGAUAGAAGGCUUACAUGGUGAAAUUGAUGAGUUAAAAAGUGGCAACUCGGAACUGAUGCAUGACAAGAUUGAACUAAUGAACCAAAUGGACUGUGUCAUGGAAAGCUUGACAGCUGAGAAAGAAGCAACGAAGAUGGCAAUUGAGGAAGCAAGCAGAAUGAGAAUUGCUAAUGCAGAGCUGUCCAAGCAGAUGGAAAUUUAUCGAAACGAUAGGCGCGCCGACAUAGAGGAGCUUAUCUAUUUGCGAUGGAUCAAUGCUUGUCUAAAGCAUGAACUGAAAAAGAAGCACAGGCCUAAAGAGAAGAAUAGCACAGAACAUGAGAAUGGAGAGAAAGCAGAUCCUGAACGUGGAGUGGAUGAGAAGAAGUGUUCAGGCUACGAUUCUGACUGCUCAUCAACAACGGCCACAGAUAUGAUUGAUUCCUCUGGAGACACAGAUUCAAAGAGGACUAAAACGUCAAAGCCGAAGUUGAUACAUAAGAUCAAGAAAUGGGUGAACAGCAACGACAGAAGGAAGAAGGUACACGAUGAAGACAGGUGCAGCGCUCCAGCAGAUGAGGCUCUGAAAGUCAGGAGUUCACGUUCUUAUGAAAAUGUUUCAUCAUGUGGGAAACUUGACUAUGCUACAGAUGUCAUGGUACUCCCAAGGUCCAGAAAGUUUCUUGUUAGCACUGCAAUGAGCUGAGUAGCUUUUACAUGUUAAUUCCAUGUCACUUUAGUUAGACUUUCUUGUGAGUGAGAUUACUAGAAGACGUUAAUAUUGUCCUGAAAAGAAGGUUCUUGUUAAUGCAUUUCACCAAGAAAUCCCCAUCUUUA